CCCGGCAGGGCGGAGGCGGCGUUGGAGAAUCGGGGGCCGCAGGGCCCCCGGCAUGGAGGAGGCGGCGGCGGCCGAGGCGCUCCCGAGGCGGCGGCGGCGGGAGCGAGUGAUCCAGCUGAUGAAUAAGAACAUCCCAAGCUCGAUUGAGCCCUGGAGUUUGAGGAAUUUCCAGUUAAAGACACAGCAGUUGAGAUGGGGAGGUGAGUGCUGUGCCUGCUGAACUUCCCGGGACCCGCCAGCCAUGCCAGGGAUUGUCGUGUUCCGCCGGCGCUGGUCUGUGGGCAGCGAUGACCUGGUUCUGCCAGCCGUCUUCCUCUUCCUUCUUCACACCACCUGGUUUGUGAUUCUCUCGGUGGUGCUCUUCGGGCUGGUGUACAAUCCCAACGAGACGUGCUCCCUGAACCUGGUGGACCACGGCCGGGGCUACCUGGGAAUCCUGCUGAGCUGCAUGAUCGCCGAGCUGGCCAUCAUCUGGCUCAGCAUGCGCGGGAGCAUCCUGUACACGGAGCCGCGGGAUUCCAUGCAGUACGUCCUCUAUGUCCGACUGGCGAUCCUGGUGAUUGAGUUCGUGUACGCCAUCGUGGGCAUCGUGUGGCUGACACAGUACUACACCUCCUGCAACGACAUCACAGCCAAGAGUGUCACCCUGGGAAUGGUGGUGUGCAACUGGGUGGUGAUCCUGAGUGUGUGCAUCACUGUGCUGUGUGUCUUCGAUCCCACGGGACGCACCUUCGUCAAGCUCCGUGCCACCAAGCGCCGGCAGCGCAACCUAAGGACCUACAACCUCAGACACCGCCUGGAAGAGGGACAAGCCAGCAGCUGGACACGCAGGCUCAAAGUGUUCCUUUGCUGCACACGGACAAAGGACUCCCAGUCGGACGCCUACUCCGAGAUCGCCUACCUUUUUGCGGAAUUUUUCCGGGACCUGGACAUCGUCCCCUCUGACAUCAUCGCGGGGCUGGUUCUCCUGCGGCAGCGGCAGCGGGCCAAGCGCAACGCCGUGCUGGAUGAGGCAAACAAUGACAUUUUAGCUUUCCUGUCUGGAAUGCCAGUGACCAGGAACACCAAAUAUCUGGAUCUGAAGAAUGCGCAAGAGAUGCAGCGGUACCGGGAGGUGUGUUACUACAUGCUCUUCGCCUUGGCUGCCUAUGGAUGGCCCAUUUACCUCAUGAGGAAGCCCACAUGUGGACUCUGCCGCCUGGCCAGAUCCUGCUCCAGAUGUUGCUGCCUGUGCCCGUCGCGCCCGCGCUACGCGCCCGGCGUCACCAUCGAGGAGGACAAUUGCUGUGGCUGCAACGCCAUCGCCAUCCGGCGCCACUUCCUGGACGAGAACAUGACCUCCGUGGACAUCGUCUACACUUCCUGCCACGAUGCUGUUUAUGAAACCCCUUUCUAUGUGGCUGUGGACCAUGACAAGAAGAAGGUGGUCAUCAGCAUCCGGGGAACUCUGUCCCCAAAAGAUGCCCUGACGGAUCUGACGGGGGACGCAGAGCGCCUGCCGGUUGAGGGACACCAUGGAACGUGGCUGGGACACAAGGGAAUGGUGCUGUCUGCUGAGUACAUCAAGAAGAAGCUGGAGCAGGAGAUGGUGCUGUCCCAAGCUUUUGGACGGGAUUUGGGAAGAGGAACAAAACACUACGGCCUGAUUGUGGUUGGGCAUUCCCUUGGCGCUGGCACAGCUGCCAUCCUGUCCUUCCUGCUGCGUCCCCAGUAUCCAUCCCUGAAGUGCUUUGCUUAUUCCCCUCCAGGUGGGCUGCUCAGUGAGGAUGCCAUGGAGUAUUCCAAGGAGUUUGUGACUGCGGUGGUGCUUGGCAAAGAUCUGGUACCCAGGAUUGGGCUCUCUCAGCUGGAGGGAUUUCGCCGGCAGCUUCUGGAUGUUCUCCAAAGAAGCACCAAACCAAAGUGGCGGAUCAUUGUGGGGGCUACCAAGUGCAUUCCCAAAUCCGAGCUUCCCGAGGAGCCAGAGGAGAACUCGGUGACAAGCAACCGGCUCUGGACACAUCCCAGUGACCUGACCAUUGCCCUGAGUGCCAGCACCCCCCUGUACCCCCCGGGCCGCAUCAUCCACGUGGUGCACAACCACCCUGCUGAGCAGUGCUGCUGCUGUGAGCAGGAGGAUCCCACCUACUUUGCCAUCUGGGGGGACAACAAGGCCUUCAACGAGGUGAUCAUCUCCCCGGCCAUGCUGCACGAACACCUCCCCUACGUGGUCAUGGAAGGGCUCAACAAGGUCUUGGAGAACUACAACAAGGGGAAAACAGCUCUGCUUUCCGCAGCCAAAGUGAUGGUGAGUCCUACGGAAGUGGAUCUCACCCCGGAGCUGAUAUUCCAGAGCCAGCCCUUGCCCAGCUGCCCCUCUGUGCAGAUCGGGACUGGAGCCAUCCCAGUGGACAGAAGGAACAGCAGUACCAAGAGCAAAUCCCAUUCGGAAAUCAGCCUGGAGGGAUUCUAUGAGACAAAGCCACUUUCUCCUGUGCAGAAGGACCCCGUGGAGCUGCUUCUCCUGGACACUAAGGAACGUCUCUCCGUGGAGCUCCAGGACCGCCGCGCCCCUCUGGCCACCAUGGAGAGCCUCUCGGACAACGAAUCCAUCUACAGCUUCGAUUCCCGGCGCUCCUCCGGUUUCCGGAGCAUCCGGGGCUCCCCCAGCCUCCAUGCGGUCAUGGAGAAGGACGAGACGCACUGCUUUUAUAUAGACCCCGUUAUCCCUGAGGAAAACCCUUCCCUCAGCUCCCGGACAGAGCUGCUGGCUGCUGACAGCCUCUCCAAGCAUUCCCAGGAGACGCAGGCCCCGGAAAACGUCCUCAACAGCGGCGGCACCACCCCCCAGCGCCGCUGCAGCGCCGAGGGCACCGGGAGCGACGGGGAGCGCACGUCCUCGUCCCCUCGGGAAGAGCCGCCGCUCCACAACGGCCGCCUGGCCGACGUUCCCAGUCCCCAGGUGCUGGAAUUUGCAGAGUUCAUCGACAGCCUCUUCAACUUGGACAGUAAAAGCAGCUCCUUCCAGGACAUUUACUGCAUGAUGGUGUCGGACAGUUCCAGCGACUUUGCGGAGAUUCCCAAAUCCGUCAGCGACCAGGAGAUCCUGCUGAGGGCGCAGUACGAGCCUAACUUAGUCCCAAAGCCCCCGAGGUUGUUUGCUGGCUCGACGGAUCCCUCGUCGGGAAUCUCCGUGUCACCCUCCUUCCCCCUUAGCUCAUCCGGAGAACUCAUGGAUAUCACUCCCACGGGUGUGAGCAGCCAGGAGUGCCUGGCCACAGACAAAAUCCGGACUUCCACCCCCUCCGGACACGUAACCAGCCCUGCCAAGCAGGACGACCUCAUGAUUUCGGCCCUUUAGUGCAGGGGAAAGGGGUGGAAUGAUCCCAGUGGGAUAAUCCAUGGAGGAGGCUGUCAUCGGGCAGUUGGGAUCAGAGGAGACAGCUGGAAAAAUCCUUUCUGGGGUGACUCAGUGGUGGUGUCUGGAGGAUGGAUUGUGCUGGAAUCCUGUGCUUGGAGCUGGGCGAAGCUUUGCCCCAUGGGGCUUGAGAGGGUCUGAGGCACUAAAGUUCCCUACCUCAGCCUGUCUCAUUCCAGAGGCAGAUUCCUUGCCCUGGGGCACCUGCUGAGUUUGGGAGUGAGAUACCUGGAUAGAUGGAAGCAGGAGGGAGCCAGGCCAGAUCCCUCUCCUCGGGACCGAGCCGGUGGUUUUGGGAAAUGAGCGGAUUGAGACUUUGGGCCCUGUUGCACUACCACGGAUCCGGCCCAAGAUCCAAUUCGGCACACUUCCAUGGGGAUUGCUUUUGUAGGACACUCCCGUUUUAAAGCCAUUGGGGCUGUAUUCCCCCCAAAUCCAGUCUCCCCUUCCCGGCCAGGCACAGCAGGAAUGGGGCUGGCACCAUGGUUUCUCUCCCCCGAGCACUCCUGAGAGGGAAGGACGCUGUUCCCAAGAGCCCAAUCACUCUGCCUUUGGCAGAAAGUUCUCCUGGAUAUCACCCCCAUCACUCCUCAGUUCCCUGGACCCCUCCAAGCUGGCGACAUUCCUGUGGGACUGCCAGGAUUCUCAUCUCAGAGCUGCAUGGAUGUGGAUGGAUCAACUGCAAAAUGUACCUGGCAUUAUUUUCCAGGCCCCUGUGGAGUCUGGGAGUCUCUCCUGGAUCCCUGGGGGUCCUCACACCACCCAUAUGCAGCAUCCGUGGAUCAGUGCCAGCCUCUGUCAUUGGGAAUUCAGGGAAAAGAUGGACUUUUCCCCAGUAUUGCAAUCUCUUGUAUGUUUACAGAGCUGCUGAGCUGGUUGGAAGGUAUUUAUUAAGGAAAUAGGGAGACUUUCCCAAAGGAAAAUCCAUGGUCAUCCUCUCCUUCCUGUGCUGUUCCCUCUGGGGACUGAGGGAAGAGAGGAUGGGCAGGCAGAAUUCCAAGCCCCCUUCUUCCCAAGUGGCUUGGAUUUGAGGGUAACUGCCUGCCCCCUCCCCACCUGCACAAUUCCAUGUAGGAAAGCUUGAGCAAGUUAGGAAAACUACCUGAGCCUCCGGGCCCAGAGGAGCCUGCUCUGCCUCUCCAGGCAGGUUUUCCAAUGAUGGGAGCAGGAGGAAAACUACCUAUUGUAGGAAAUGAAACAUUCUUGGGACCUGGAAAAGGCCUUGAAUUGCCACAACUCCCCCUCAAAGCUCAGCAGUUACUGAUGGCUCUCCCCGGAGCUCCAUCCUCCCUCCCUGGAAAAGAAAUUCCUGGUUUAACUUCCUUAGAAUCCUGUGGUUGCUCCCUUUUCCCCUCCUUAGCAGUGCUAUUGUGGCAGGAUGCUGUGUUUUCCAGGAGCUCAGCUCCUGGCAAAUCCCAGGGCUUCUUGUUCUCCGUGUGGGCUGUGGAAGCGCCGGGAUGGGCCAGGGCUGUGCUUCCCGGGAGCCAGUGGGAUCCAGUGCCAUUGAGGAGCACUUUAUAACCGGUGUGCAUUGAUGUAAAUAAUCCUGGGUGCACGGAAUUCCACUGGAUUCUGAGUCCAGGUGCUGAUAUCCCACUCCAUCCAGCGUGGGAUGCUCCAGCCCCUGCUCCUUACCUGUUUCAGAGCUUUCAGAAGUGCUUCAAGCGGCCAGGAAAACGUUAUCCCUGUGGUUUAAGGUUCCAAAGGUGACCUUUCCCUGAGUGGAAUCAGAGGGAGGAAGCCCCUCUGGAUUCAGAGGGAUUCGGAGAAGGAAAAAUCCUUUUAUUCUGAGCAACCAGAAGUUCUUUUUGUUAUUGUAGGUCCUUAAAAAAGGAGCAGAGAGCAAGUGGUUUGGGAGCACAGGGUAAGGAGGAAUUCCUGCACUCAGGAAACACUACCGAGGUGAUUUUUCAGGAAUACGCACAAAAAUCUUGGAAGGUUUGAGGGGAAAAGGGGAGCUGAGGGGCAGGGAGGCCGGGGCUAGCAGGCUAGCUCCCCUUCUGGCCCAGGGGUUGGGAUAAGGAGCUCAUUCCUGCCCUUAAUCCCAGCAGGAAUUAACCCUUAGCACUAAGGCAGAGCUUGGGAUCUGCAAAGCACUUUAAAACACUAAGGAAAAGGAUCAUCUCUAUCCCUGGGAGCGACAUGGAUACCUGGGAUUAGAUGGAACUACUGGUGGGAGGUUGCCUCCAGGUGAGGAAAAGUGGGAUAUCUCCCUCCUAAAAUGAUUCCAGUGGGAACCUGCUGAUGUUCCAUGACUCAAAUGUUGCACUAGAAAGUCCCUUCCUUCCCUGAACGUGUCCCGGAAGACUCAGUCGUGGGGUGACUGUUUCCUUCUUUGUGCCAUUGGAACUGUAUCCCAUAGGAAUGGCCUUCCCUUGCCCUGAGGGGAAGCAGUCUGGAAUGCUGCAGUUUUUUUGCUCUGUGAUUACUGGACUUUGGAAAACCUGGAAAUACGUAAUUCCUGGGAGGUGGGCUUGCCACAGGUCAAGGAGUAAAGGCACAAAAGAGCCCCUUGAAGGCUCCCAUUGUAUCCUGUCAUGGAAAAUUGCUGGAUUUUGUUGACAAACAGACCUGAUCCCAGUCCUCCCAAAUGAAAUCCACGUUCUUGAAAUUAAUUCUGCUUUAAAUGUCUCCGUGUCUUGAUCCCCAUUACUGUGUCUUGAUCCCCAUUACUGUGUCUUGAUCCCCAUUACUGUGUCUUGAUCCCCAUUACUGUGUCUUGAUCCCAUCUUGAUUCUGUGUCUCCAUUCCCGUCACUCCUUUGCUAUCUGGGCAUUUGGAAAGGCUGAUCUCCCAUAUCCUCCUGGGAAAGCACACCUGGAAUGCUGAAAUACAUGUUAAAGCUGCAGCUACCUCCUUCAUCUGUACUGUACACACUUCCUGCUUUCUCUUCCUGCUCUCUCUUUGGGAAUACGAAGCAUCUCCAGUUUUCCAAAUCUUCUGGCUUUUGCUUCUUCCUCUUCAGCUUUGUGCCUUCUGAUCUUCGAAUAUUCCCGUGAUACUCCAACAGGAUGUUCCACCCUCUGCAGAGACAGUGCUGGAAGUGCCUGACACCCCAGAUCCCAGACUGACCAAGUCCCCCAUUCCAUGCCUCAUCCUUAAAUCCAUUCUGGUCCUUCUUCCUUGGACUGAGUGACCUUUAAAGGUCCUUUCCAACACUGCUGAGUGUUGGUAUUCCAAGAGUUUCUUGGCAGAGGAAUGGAGCUGAGGCUCUUCUGCACCAGUAAAUUGAUUUUAUUGUUGCUUUCAUUGCAGCAGUGCCAAAAAUGUGGGAAGGAUCCUGCAGUGCUGAGGAUAUACCAGCUCUUUUCCAAUAUCUAUCAUUACUUCUUCUCCAUCGGGGCUGCCUUCUCCAUUUGGAAUAUUCAUUUCCUCCUAAAACUUCCCUCUUCUUUGCUGCCUGUUCUUCUCACCUAUUUCAGGAGCCUCCCUUCUCUCAGGGCGCUAGUAGCUUGUUCCACAUCCUUGGUAGCACAUUGGAAACAUGGGAAAAACUAUUCCAAAGCAGUUAAAUGAGAUUCUUGGAACAUUUUAGGAACCUUUUUCCAAAGCAAACAGGAUUUGUGGGAGGUAUUUUGGUCUCUGCAGAGGGCUGGGAUGGCAGAGGGUGGGGAGUAUGGUUAUAGAAUUCCAGUGAUUCCCAGUUCUAUUCUUUUAGGAUGGUGGAUUCCAGGAAUAGUUGAUGGUCCCAUGCAGGAUUAAAGUCGGAAUUCUGUUUCCAAGGGCACGUAAGAAGGAGGAAAAGCUCCAAGCGUGGGGAUACAGGAUGAAUAUCUAACACAUUCUCCAUGCACUUUGAUGUUUUCCCAGCUUUUGCUGCUCUUUUCCUGCAGGCAGAUAAUAUUAUUUCCAUGGACUCGCCCACACAGCUUUCAUUUACAAAUUGGGACAUAGGAAUAAUCAGGAUUACUCCUGGCAAUGGGAAUUAGGUGGGAUUAAUUAUUGCUGGAAUGGGUGUGUUUGGAUUUGUGUUUUGAGGCUGUAUCCACGAGCCUCCAUUGGGCAGCAGAGCCCUUCUGUGUUUGCCUUGGGAACUGCUGGGCUGGAGCUCCCCUCCAUGCUGGGUUUGUCCUUAUUCAUUCUGGGAUAUUCUUCCCUUGGCAGUAGGACAUUCUGGCUUUGCAGGAUGGGAGCAGGAAUAUUUAAUUCCAGUGGGUUUAGGGAUAGUGGUUGUAACUGCACCUUUGAGUAACAUUGCCAAGGGAGGUGUGGAUUCUUCAUUCCUGGAAAUAUUCCAGGCCAGGUUGGAUAAAGCUUGGAACAGCCUGGGCUAGGGAAAGAUGUUCCUGCCCACGGCAGCAGGUGGGACCUUCCAAAUGAUUCUGGAAUUCUGUGAUUCCCUGCUUGUAGUUUUACGGUGCUGCAGGAAAGGGAAGGUUGGAAUUCCAGCAGAACCUCUGCAUGGAUUGCUCUGCUGAGAAAUUCCUCUGAAGGAAGCAGUUGGAAAGCACUGUGUGGAACUGGGCUCAUUGCUUUGUUCCCAGAGCCUGUGCAGUGCUGAAUUUUGGGAAGAGCUGCUGGAUUUUGGGAAGAGCCUCAUUUCUUGUGCCAAAGCUCCCUCUCAUGGCUCCUGUGUGGAAGAAGCAAUGCUGCAUGGAUCCUGCUGGAGGCAAGCACUGCCCAUCCUUGGCAGCUGUGGGAAGGAGGAGAGGAGGGAAUAUUGCAGCUGGAAGCUGGGAUUCAGUCUGGGAGUCCUUUGCUCUCCAGUCAAAUCCCCAGGGGAGUUAUGGAUGGAGAGAGGGAUGGGAAGGGGGCUGGAUCAGCAGUCACUGAUGUCCUUCCCCUUCUUCUAGCUCCAAGGAGCUGCUUAAGGGCUGGAAAUUCCAAAUAGCCAAGGAAUAAGGCAAUUCCUUGCUUUGUCAUAGGGAAUCAUCAUGAGCCUCCAAAUGCUUUGCUGUCUCCAUUCCCAUUGUUUUUUCCAUGUUUCUUGAGUUCAUACCUCUUGUGCCUUUGUUCUCCCUAGCUUCAGGUCCCAAUUUCUGGGAUCAGACAUUUCCCACCUUACUUUCCCAUUUCUCUGGGAGUAUGGAAGUGUGGCCAAGGCCUGGUAGGAGCUGCCCUUGCUCCCGAGGUCUCCUGUUCUGCCUCAGCCAGGACUUCCCAUAUCUUCUCACUUUUCCCUGCUGCCUGUCCAAGUGCCAAAAGCAAAUCUUGACCUGAGGCAGACAAUUUCCUCCA